AUGCGAAGCAGAAACUCCCCGGCUGUAAGAAACACGAAGAAUCAGCGCCGACGUGGUAAUUACUCCCUUGGCGGCUGUGAGACCUGUAGGGUUCGUCACGUGAAGUGUGACCGGGUCCGGCCUGCAUGCACCAACUGCGUCAAGUCUCAGAAGACAUGCGAAUUUAGUUCUCAUGAGGUUCGGUGGAUGCCAUCGGCUGGUCUCCAGGGGGACGACGAGGAGUCCCAGCCCACAGAAGACCUGUCGAUUCAAAGCAGGGUGGACAUGUGCCAGGCGCUGGCAGCCGGGAUCCCGAGUACAGUCGACGCCGCAUUAGUUGACCUGGAAGAGAGUUCCAGACUCCCUACCCAGGCAUCUAGAGUCGGCCCCUUCUCCGUGCUUAAUUUCAGCUUACAGACACCGAAAACAUGCGCAAGCCCUUCCGGCCACUCGCCUCCGUCCCAACAAGACAAGGACUGUCCACAAAUCGUUGUUUCCCAGACCAAUAUUGCCACGACGACCAGUACGCUUACCGAGGAACUCGCACUCCCAACGCCUGAGGACAGCGCUGGAUCCUUCACUGAUUUCCUCCAAUGGGGGGAUCUCUUUAACUGGGACAUCAUCCCCAAUUCCAUAUCCUUGGAUGACCCAUUUCUCACCAACGAUAUUGACUCGACCCGGUGGGACGGACAGCCCAGCAACCUGAUGAUACCUAGAUGUCCCGAAACUAGCCCCUAUGCGUCAACAAGACCAACCGAGCAUCCGACCGGCCCACGAUACAACCUGAUACUACCGAUAGAUGUCUUAGAAGAUGCCCCUCGACUUUUAACACACUUCGAGAAUGUCGUCGUCCAUCGAAUGUCAUCUCUGCCUAUAUACGAAAAGUCCCCUUGGUCGACUAUGCAUAUUCCGGCAGCCAUGAUCACUCUCAGCAAGCUUACCCUCUUUUCAGUGGAUGCAAGCAAGAUAAGCCACGCCAAAAUGUCCAAUUUCUAUGGGCUGCUUGCCGUGUCAGCUUACCAUCUGUCUCUCAAAGACCAAGAGAGUGGAGAUCUUUGUCGACCAGAAGGAUACUGGGCCGCUGUGCACGAGGGAGCAUAUGAUGCUGCAAAAAAGCAUCUGGAUCUGUCCUUAGAGAAGGAAACGGAUGGUUCAGAUAAGGCCAAGUAUAAGGAGCAACUGAUGGCAAUGGGUUCUACCACGACGACUUCGUUCAUCUCGAAUAACCAGGUUGAUGUCGACCACUAUCUGGCAGAGUUUGAGAAGCUCUUUCGCACUCGUGGCCUUGCCAAGGGAGCAGUGUCACGCCGCACGCGUUUAUUACAUCACCUAUACGCUUGGGUCCGGAUCGUUUCCGAAAGCACUCGGAUGCGCGGAGGAUCUGCCAUGCGAUACAGAACGCAGGAAACAUCAGCCCACCGCCAGGGCCAACGUAAUGGCGCUGAGGAUGACGGAGAUCCAAUGAUCCAAGAUGGGAGAAGGGGCAUCGCUCUCGAUCCAAAGCUGGAUGACUUCUUCCGUCUCCCAUCCCGUACGCCGGCACGUGGCAAGGAUACACAACAGGAUUUUCACCUUUCAGGAAGCGGCACAGACGAGGACGGCCUAUACAUGCAAAUAUAUGGGAUCCCUGAGACGUGGUUACGCCUGCUGUCACAAACAACUAGAUUGGCCAACGAGAUGGAUAUGCUACAUCAGCCCGACAACCAGGCCGAUAUAGAAACAUUCAUGGUCCUGCAGCGCCGCGCAAGCCAACUCGAGGAGUCUGUGUGCGCCUUCAGGUCCAAAUGCCUAGCUUUCAAAACCAGCAACAGCACGAGUCACCUGCACAUGCUGCGAGCAUUGUGUUCGGCCCUGCUCAUAUACUUCUACCAACGCAUUCGACGUGUCAACCCAAUGAUACUGCAAAGUAUCAUAGACGACGUCAUUAUAGCCUUGCAGGACUAUGAUCAAGCCCUCAAGCAGCAGGGGCUCGAGAUUUCAGGCACCGCUUGGCCUGCGCUCAUUGCUGGAUCAGAGGCCGAGUCUAAAAUUCAACGGGAACAGAUCAUGGCGUGGAUCGACACCAGGAUACUUGCAACCAGAUUUGGCAGCUACGAUACUGCGAAAGAGAUAAUUGAGGAGGUGUGGGCAAGAAAGGACGGAGAAUCUCCCCUCGCGACGUGGAUGGAUGUGUGUCGAGACAAGGGUCGGUGGCCGAUCUUGGCCUGA